UGCAAAAAAAACACACGCUGACAAGAGUUUGGAGAAAAGAGCCAAAUUUAACACCGUUUUCUAACUUCUGUGUGUUUUGUGUUGCAGGGAGUAUAAAGGGAGCGACGAUAGUUGAUGCUCUGGAUACCCUCUACAUCAUGGAGAUGUAUGAGGACUUUGAUGCUGCUACCGACUGGGUGGAGAAGAACCUCGACUUCAAUGUGAAUGCAGAGGUGUCUGUGUUCGAGGUGAACAUCCGGUUUGUUGGAGGGCUGCUGUCCGCCUACUACCUGUCUGGAAAAGAGGUGUACCGAAAGAAAGCGGUGGAGCUGGGUGAAAAGCUGCUGCCAGCCUUCAAAACGCCCACCGGCAUUCCCUGGGCUUUGCUCAACCUCAAGAGUGGUAUUGGUAGAAACUGGCCCUGGGCAUCAGGCGGCAGCAGCAUCCUGGCAGAGUACGGCACCUUGCAUCUGGAAUUCAUGCAUCUCAGCAAACUUUCAGGAAAUCCUGAGUUUGCACAGAAGGUGAUGAACAUCCGGAAAGUGCUGAACCGUCUGGAUAAACCUCAGGGGCUGUACCCGAACUACCUGAACCCCAACAGCGGCCAGUGGGGCCAACAUCACGUGUCUGUGGGUGGCCUGGGUGACAGUUUCUAUGAGUACCUCCUGAAAGCCUGGCUGAUGUCUGACAAGACUGAUGAGGAGGGGAAGAAGAUGUACUAUGAUGCUCUGCAGGCGAUCGAAAGCAACCUGAUGAGGAAGUCCAGCAGCGGGCUGACCUACAUAGCCGAGUGGAAAGGAGGGCUGCUGGAGCACAAGAUGGGUCACCUGACCUGUUUCGCAGGUGGGAUGAUCGCUCUGGGUGCCGACGGGGCGCCAAGUGACAAGACGGGCCACCAGAUGGAGCAGGCCGCCGAGAUCGCCCGGACCUGUCACGAGUCUUACGCAAGAACCGCUUUGAAGUUGGGCCCUGAGGCGUUCCGGUUUGACGGCGGGGUCGAGGCCAUCGCCACCCGGCAGAACGAGAAGUACUUCAUCCUGCGUCCAGAGGUCAUAGAGACGUACAUGUACAUGUGGAGGUUCACCCACGACCCCAAAUACAGGGAGUGGGGCUGGGAGGCCGUCCAGGCCUUGGAGCAGCACUGUAGAGUAGAAGGAGGCUACAGCGGCGUCAGGGACGUGUACGCUUCCACUCCGAACCACGAUGAUGUUCAGCAGAGCUUCUACUUGGCCGAGACACUCAAGUAUCUCUACCUGCUCUUCUCCGACGAUGACCACCUACCGUUCGACCACUGGGUCUUCAACACAGAGGCUCACCCUCUCCCCGUCAUAAAGAGGGACCUAACAGACAUUUCCAACAAGGUGGAGUAACGGACCAAAAAAAAACCAAGUGCGAGAACCUCUGAUCCUGUACACCUGAGCCUCCAGCUGAAACUGUUCGCCGUCUGGAGUCACGGACGCCUCUGGAUGGGAUUUCCUUUUUUUAAGUAUUUCUGAUGGGAUUAAAUGGAGUUCAAAGCCUGAGGGCGACCUACGUCUUGCUGUAGAGUCCAGUUUUUGUUUUUUUCCCUGCUCUGGUUGAUUCCAGGAGCUAAUCUGAACCAACAUGUUGACUGCUGGAUUAUGUGAUAACUCAUCCAAAGAAUGCAGUGGAGUCCUCAGAGAGGUUUUCAUACUGCUGCGGUAUCAAACGCUCUCUGAAGACGUCAUUUCAUUUCGUAGGAAUUUCUUUGACUUCCAGGUUUUUUUUUUGGGAGGGACAGUCGGUCGGACCAGUUCUCACUUUAUUCGUCCGUGAUGUUGUCGUUUGUAGCUGCAGCUCCGCCUCUCUUUUCUUUCCGUGGAGGAGAUCAGACAGACCUGAAAACCAGUCGUCUCCUGACGUGGAUACUUUUGGACCACCUUGCAUCCAGAACGAUUCCAGCUCCUGUGUGAGGAUCACCGAGGCUUCAGCUGCAGGACGCUUAACCUCAGACUCUGAUCAGGAGCCCAGCGAUGGUCCUCAAACCACCAUCUUCCAACUUCUUCUCCUUCAGAGGAUGAUUCUCUUGCUCUUGAAAAACGUGGUUGUCUCAAAGACGCAGCACAACCCGAGCCUCUUUUUAUAAACCCACAGAGCGCUGAGACUCCUGCUCCCCCUCCCCUCCCCCCCAGCUUCUUCUUCUUCUUCCUCAGUCUGAGUUAAGGUGUGACACCGGACGGACAGCCACACCGCCUCUGUACCUGCCAGUAAUUUCCCUUUCUCCCCCACAACGUUUACACAAAGCUGUCCCUCCUCCUCGUCUUUCUCCUCCUCCUCCUCUUCUUCUUCUACGGAUCUCAAACUUCAUUCAUGUGUUUCUUUUUCUGUUCUUUCUCACAUCGUCACGGCUGCUUCUGAGGUUUGACUGACUCAGGCUUUUAAAUCUUGUGACUUUAACUUCUCCUGACAAUAUUUACAAUCCACCAAGAUAUUCAAAUCUUACCAGGAACAAGUCUCUUAGUUAUAGCUGCAUUAAAAGAGGACAGAAACUCAGUCUUGUGGUCCAGAUUUCACGGUUGUUCUCUGCAGAUGAUGCAGAUCAGCUGUUCCAGAGCAUGGGAACGAGUUAGGCCUUUAAAAACAGGGGCUUGAUUCAAUUCAUGACUUGUUUCUGCAAACUAUUCCAAUGCAAAGUCCCAAAUAAACCUCACAGUGUAAGAUUUUGUCGGAUUAAAGCAACACUAUGCAACUUUUCACCACCAGAAACAGCUCUGCAGCUGCAGGGGAAGCAGAGCCUCCCUCAUUUCCAUUCAGCACACCCAGCGUCUGUCGUUGAACUAUAUAAGUUGAGGAUUUCCCCGGAGAAGUUAUGGCACAGUUUUCUGACAAAAAAGCCCUGAAGGCAAAAACCUCCCCUGUGUGGGUCUUUUCUCCUGCAGUCAUGUCCGUGCUGAGGAAGUGGAGCUGAAAGGACGCUUAGAGAAUCUCAUGAUGUUGCUUUAAGGCCUUCAAAAUUUAAAAAAGGUGAUGUUAUUUCCAGGUAGAGGACUUUAGAAGCUUAUAAUUCAUGCAUUUAGGUGGUUGAAUCUCUAAACAUCAGAGACCGUGAGAGUGUGAAGAUCAUCCAAACCUGUCUCAGUCAAACCUCCAUCUCUUCACUUCUUCUUCUCCGUCCUCCAGAGCAGGCUGUACGAUCCCUCCCUCCUCUAUGAGGAGAUGCAGACACCUGACUCUGCUGUACUAUUCCACACACACACACACACACAGGAACACACACACACACACACACACACACAAAGCCAUACUGAUUGAAUACAGCUUUAUCAUUCCGUCUGAGCUUUUUGUUCCCGUCGGGGUCGUGUUAACGCACCGACACAAAUCCUGUUGCUGCCGUACGUUCCGCUCGUCACCGUCUCACUCAGCGGGUUACUUCCAUUUUAUUAUUCAGAUUUCUCCACACACACACACACACACACACACACACACACACACACACACAACUGUAGCCAGAUUAAACCCAGCUUAGUCUUUUAAAAUAGUGCCUUCACUGUUGAAAACGGAGGAGUCCCAGAGGAGAGCAGCUCACACAAACACAGAGAGUCCACUUUGAGACGAGUCGUCGGGCUCCAGGUGAAGAUCCCGGAACCCUCAGACACGAGAUCAUUCCUGCUUUUAAUCCAGAGUUCAUCGUCAUGCAGGAAGCUCGAACGUUAGUGACAACUCUGUGACAAACUAGAGGAGGUAGAAUAGUCCAUCAUCAUGCUUUCUCUCCCUCCUGAGUCCUCGUUUAGUCAAAACCUGUCAAACAGAUCGUCAAACAGAGGAAGAGCAGCAGUGAGCCCAGUCUCCAGUUAUCCCUUUGACCACACCGACACCUAGUGGAGACAUCCGGUCAUUACAACCUGCAGGAGAUUGAGCCUAGUUUAAAUACUCAUUAAUAUAAGACACACUCACUCGUUGGAACUUAAAAGAAGGUGUGUUGUUUAAUUGAAAUUCCAGCACAUUAUUGAGGGAUUACUUUCAAAGAUAGAACAACAAAUUUCCACACAGUUGAGAAAGAAAAAUGAGAAAAAAAUCUUAAUUUUGACACAUUUUGUGAAACUUUAACUGAUUAAAGAAGCGUCUGUCGUUAGCUCCUCCACUCUGCAAAAUAACUUGAAUCUUAGUAAGUGAAUCUGUCAGUUUUCCAGCCUGAAUAUCUCUUUACUCUUAAUAUAAGCCACACUGAUCUGCCAAGUCAAGAUAUGGAUCUUAUUUAAAGACGGUACAAGCCAAAAAUAAGGGUCUUGGUGAUCUCUUGGAGGAAUAAGAGGUUCAAACUGUCUCUCCAUGAAGACCUGCAGAUUCUGUGCAGCUCUUUGUAGCUCCACCUGUUGUCACUAUCCUCAACUACCUGCUGCAGCAGUAGUGUUAGUAGUUGUGGCCAACUUGCAGAGACUCAUGCUACAAGGUGUCUUUAUUUAAUACUACACCACUGUUUCUUUAAAUGCAUGAUGAGGGAGAACAGCUGUUAUCCUACCGUCCAGCAUGAAGCCGCUUGAUACUCAGAGCGCCAUCCUGUGGAGGAAAUACUGUAACCUAUUAAAUCCAUGUUUCUUCAUUUUAUACAGUUAUAUCUGUCACAAUAAAAUCAACUGAAUUAAAUUAGAUAAAUAUCAGAAAAAUAAAAUAUUACAAUCAAAUCAAUACAAUUAAAUCAGUUAUAAAGUAGGGGGAAAAAUUAAUUAUUACAAUAAAAUCAAUAAAAUUAAAUUAGAUAAAUAUCAGAAAGAAAAAAAACCAGAGAGAUAUUGGAAAAAUAAGGUAAUUACAAUAAAAUCUAUUAAAUAAAAUUUGAUAAAUAUAAGAAAGUUAAAAUAAUUACAAUAAAAUUAAAUGUCAGAAAAGUAAAAUAAAAUUACUACAAUAAAUC